AUGGUCUCCGACGACGAGCUUCUAGCUAAAGCCAUCGCCCAGCUCCCGCUAGCCUAUAUCCCCUACAGCAAAUUUCCAGUGGGCGCCGCGCUGCUUUGUGAGGAUGGGACAAUUAUUACGGGAGUGAAUGUUGAAAAUGCAUCGUACGGAGGUACGAUUUGUGCCGAGCGAAGUGCCUACGUUUCGGCGAUAUCCCAGGGAAAGCGGAAAUUUAAGGCUAUCGCGGUUGCCACUGAAUUGGUCCCGUUCGGCGCGCCGUGCGGGCUUUGCCGCCAAUUUAUGGUCGAGUUUGGGAAUGUCAAGGUGAUCCUCGGCAACAGCAAGACUAACGACAAGCUGAUCACGUCGAUCAGCGAGUUGUUACCGCAUUCAUUUGGCCCGGAAAGUCUCGACCAACACGCCUCCCAA